UAUGUCCCGGGGUGCCCGUGUCUGGGCGGUUUGUACCUGUAGCGGAGCCUGCGUCGCUUUGUGGUAGAGGCGCAGAGCUGGUGGCUGCGGCCUCUGGGCUGGGAUGAACCGCUCUCCCGGUGGAGGCAGGGGAGCCGAGCGGGAGCCAUGGCCAGUACAGUGGUAGCAGUUGGACUGACCAUUGCUGCUGCAGGAUUUGCAGGCCGUUAUGCUUUGCAAGCCAUGAAGCAUAUGGAGCCACAAGUAAAACAAGUUUUUCAAAGUCUACCAAAAUCUGCCUUCAGUGGUGGCUAUUACAGAGGUGGGUUUGAACCCAAAAUGACAAAACGAGAAGCAGCAUUAAUACUAGGUGUAAGCCCUACUGCCAAUAAAGGAAAAAUAAGGGAUGCUCAUCGACGAAUUAUGCUUUUAAAUCACCCAGACAAGGGAGGAUCUCCUUAUAUAGCAGCCAAAAUCAAUGAAGCUAAAGAUUUACUAGAAGGUCAAGCUAAAAAAUGAAGUAAAUGUAUGAUGAAUUUUAAGUUCUUAUUCAUUUAUGUAUAUGAAUACCACCUUUUUAUAAUAAAAUGCCUCAAAGCUACAAAUUUUAAAAA